UAACUCUAGUUUGAUUUGGGACCAAGUGUCGACCUCAGCAGUCGAGUGUUAUACGCCGGCAAAAUCAUGUCACACUCUCAGGGUGGCUUGAUCACAUGACAAUGACAGGAGAUAAGGGCAUGAGAAUGUUCAUCUGACGGGCAUUUCUCGCCGGUCAGUUGCAGUAGGAGAGGCGCGGAAUAAAGAAAUCAGAGAAUACGAUGGUGCCGGUUAAAGUGAUGUUAUGGCUCCUGGCUUGUCUACACGUGACAGCAGUGCGAUCUUACGCCAUGGACGACGUAGGAGCUUUGCUAAAACGCUAUCGCAAGCAAGAAAUUGACCCAGAGGUCAACAUGAAUGUUAGCCAGCUGAUCACGAGCAAGGGCUACCCAUGUGAGGAGUACAGUGUACAGACGGAGGAUGGCUACCUCCUAGGGGUACAGCGUAUACCGUACGGGGUACGGAACAAGGACCCCCAACGUCCUGUGGUCUUCCUGCAGCACGGGCUGCUCUGUUCCUCCACCAACUUCGUCACCAAUCUGGCCAAUGAAAGUUUAGCAUAUAUACUGGCUGAUGCUGGCUUUGAUGUCUGGCUCGGCAACAACCGCUGCAAUACCUACUCUCUCCGACAUGUUUCCCUCAAACCAGAUCAAGAUGCAUUCUGGGCUUUCAGGUAUGACGAAUUUGCCAAGUAUGACUUCCCGGCACAGUUGAACUUCGCCCUCAAGCAGUCUGGCCAAUCAGACCUCUACUAUGUAGGUCAUUCCCAGGGAACCUUGCAAGCCUUUGCAGCCCUAUCUCAAUAUCCAGAAAUGAAUAAAAAGGUGAAGAAGUUCUUUGCAAUGGGUCCUGUUAUCACUACGGGCGAGAUCCUAAGUCCGAUCAAGUACCUGGCUGAUAUCUCUGACACGUUUAUAUACGAGUUGUUCAAGCACAGGGACUUCCUGCCCCACAACGAAAUUCUGCAGCUUCUGGCCGACACAGUGUGUGUGGACGAUUACACACGCUUUCUGUGCUCCAACGUCCUCUUCCUCAUUGCUGGAUACGAUGUGUCUAAUCUCAACAAGACACGGCUCCCAGUGUACAUCAGCCACACACCUGCUGGAACCUCAGUACAGGACAUGGUACACUUCGCACAGGGCGUGAGGAGCAAGGCCUUCCAGAUGUACGACUACGGAUCUGCAGCAGAUAACCAGAAGCAUUACAACCAGUCAACACCACCUUUGUAUGAUGUCAACAAAAUGGACACACCUGUCUACCUGUUCUAUGCCGAGAAUGACUGGCUGGCUGAUGUACAGGAUGUAAAGCUGCUGAUGUCCAAGCUGACCCGCGGUCAACUGCAGGGGAGUUUCUACGUCCCAAAGUGGAAUCAUCUUGACUUCAUCUGGGGCAAGGACGCUGCCACAGUUGUGUAUAAAAAUAUCAUUGACAUCAUCAAGAGAUCAUAGUGACAGAAGGGAGGAGGUGGCAGAUUAAUCUCAUUAAUAUUACAUCUUUUACUCUGAUAAAGUACCUCUCUGCUUGAAAGUCUGAGGACACCAUGAGAUCACGAAAACAAAGUAAGAGGUGAAGUUCUGAAUGAAGAUGAAAAAAGCAGAGAGGAAUUAUAUCAACCUAAAAUGUCUUGCUUUAAAUGAAAUUGUUGGCAAGUGAAGGAGGUAAAUGGAGUUGCUUCUACAACAGAACAGAGGAUUUCUACUUGCUUCCAUUUAGUAUGAGGAUCCAAGGUUUUUGCCAACAAAUUCAAAAAAGGGGUAAAUUCCAAGUUAUUCAUCAAAGCCAAAAUACAAAUACAGUGAAACCUUUUGUAGUGAAGGCCCUGUGAAUCCAGGAAUGAUCUCUUAUUGACAGGUACUGCUAAUAACACUUCCAUGCACAUAUGUACUGAGGGACAUUAACACAUUUGUUGUUAUGUUGUCAUUGUACAUAUAUAGUUGUACCUGAACAGUUAUUCACUGGGACAUUUGUUACAUUGGGACAGUUGGGACAGUUGUACACUGGGACAGUUGUACACUGGGACAGUUGUUGUACAUUGGGACAGUUGUACAUUGGGACAGUUGUACAUUGGGACAGGUUAAGUGAGUAUUAACAUGCAGAUGAUGUUGAGGGUGGCAUGUAUACUGAACAUAAAUGGAUGGAUGGGAACAGCGGCUGUUAUAUAUUAAAGAUUCAUGGAUUCAACAUGACAUUUAUUAACUAAAUUAAUACAUCAGGUAUGUAUAACGUCAUGGACUGACACAUUCCGAUGUCAUGUGAAUCAUCUCUACUACAUGCAGCAAUACACACUUCUGCUGUGUGUUCUGUUAUUUUUACCAUCAGUAUAUGUAACUGUUCCCCAUGUGCAAGGCUUUACAGUGUUUGUUACCAAAUUCAUUCAAAUACCAUUCCAUGGAACUUGUGCUUGACUGUCAUUAAUUCUAUCUCAACUUCCUAAUGAUAGCAUAGGCUUGCAUUCUGUGUCUGAACACAGACUGUGUCAUGAUGGUGCCAUAAUUCCCAGAAUCUAGUCUCCUAACCUGGAAAAUAUUUGAUUGUGGGAUCAAGGUCAUUGUUCAUCAUAGUGCAUCUUGUUCAUCAGCAACACUCUGAUGAAUGUCUAAGAUCUGCAUGAAUUCAGGUUUUCCUUCCACAUGAAGUCAAAAAUCAAAAAUGAAACUGGUAUGGAGUCAGGGAAUACCUGUAAGAAACUGCCGUAUGUGCCUUAUAUUCCUGGUGUGACUAUCAACAUGCUGUUUAUUGAUAUGGUUGUUUCUAUUAAAGUGUUGUUGAUACAGAUAUGGUUGCGGGUUGUUUUACACAUGCAGGAAGGAAAUGAAAUCAGGGAAACUUCAUAAUUGACAUAAUCAAGGGCUUUCACAUCAGUUUGUUUAUACAUACUUGGGACAUGCUAGUAAUUCAUGACGGUUUCAUGUCCAUGUUAUCAAAAUCCUAUUGUUCCUGUUAUUGUAUUUCAUGAAAGCUUUUUUCUCACUAUCCACAUAUUAUUUAGUGUGAUGGUCUAUUUUGUAUCCUAUAUGUUGCAAAAUAAAGUAUGUUGAUUAAUA